CUUGCGUUGCACGACUGUAAUAUUGAGAGUGUUUCACAUUGCGCUUAUACCGCAAGCAAAGUUAUUGCAUUUAGCAUUCACCGUCGAAGCUCGGUAAUACAAGCAUUUUACGAGACGUGAUUUAAAAUUACUUUCUGGCUUGCAUUCAUUCCAUCUCGUAUGAGCACUGCUUCUGUCAGUCAGCUGGGGUAGGUGGGGUCACAAAGAGCCAAGAUGGCUGACUUUGAGGAGCCGCUGUCAGAUGACGAAAAGGUCCGCAUAGCGGCCAACUUUGUGACCCAUGCCCCUCCGGGAGAGUUCAAUGAGGUCUUCAAUGAUGUGCGGCUUCUUCUCAACAAUGACAAUCUCCUCAGGGAGGGAGCAUCACACUCCUUUGCCCAGUACAACAUGGAUCAGUUUACUCCAGCCAAACUAGAGGGCUACGAAGAGCCGGUCCUGAUCACUGAGCAUGGUGACUUGGGCCAGGGACGUUUUCUGGACCCCCGCAACCGUCUGGUGUUCCGCUUUGACCACCUAAGAAAGGAGGUGAGCGACGUGCAGCCAUAUGAGGGAGAGACAGCCUUGAGAAGCUGGAGAGAGGCCUGUGAUACUUCCCUUAGUGCCUAUGUCAAAGAGCACUACCCAACUGGAGUCUGCACGGUAUAUGGGAAAACAGUUGAUGGGCAGCAAACAAUCAUAGCCUGUAUUGAAGGACAUCAGUUUCAACCCAAGAACUUCUGGAAUGGUCGCUGUAGGUCAGAGUGGAAGCUUACCAUCGGUCAGUCCACUGCUCAGGUUGUGGGAGUGUUGAAAAUCCAGGUGCACUAUUACGAAGAUGGGAAUGUGCAGCUGGUUAGCCACAAGGAAGUAGAGGACUCAAUACCAGUGACUAGUGAAAGCCAGACAACCAAGGAAUUUAUCGACAUUAUUGAGAAUGCAGAAAAUGAUUACCAGACUGCAAUCAGUGAGAACUAUCAGACCAUGUCUGACACCACCUUUAAGGCUCUGCGUCGGCAGCUUCCCGUCACACGCACAAAGAUCGACUGGAACAAGAUACUAAGUUACAAAAUUGGCAAGGAGAUGCAGAAUGCCUAGAGGAGGGUCAGACGCUUACCAGAGAGUCGCACACACCACUAGGCCACUAGAACUCGCAUAUACAAGUGCAAGGAAUAACCAAAGCAAAGCUAGAUCAGUAUGGGGCAAGGAAUUAAUUAAAAACAAAGUGAAAAUCUACAGACUGUAAGGCACAGAUACCCCUGCUGUAACAAAGUUACGAAGAUGAAAGUGGUUACUUCUUGGUGUGUGUUGUGAGCGAAUUGUUUUGAGUCAGUGUGCAGGGCUGUGCUCAGGACUGCUACAUCUAUUUAAAUAAAGUAAAUCUGCUGUAUAAGUAAUCUUAAGACUUUCAGGUGUCAGAAGUCCCAAUAGUUUUCCUUAGUUAGACUCAUGCAGGACUGUGAUAGUGAAGGAGCAGAAAGGCACAACACAUCUGAUAUGAGAAAUUAAGCACACCAUCACAUAUCAGGGUCUGAUUUAAGACAGGAAAUUAGGAAUUUUUGUUCAAGUUUUGGUUCCAUUGUUGAUAUUGUGCAUGGUGGAUUCUGUAAAAUUGGGAUACUGACAGGAAAAAUGAAUAGCAGUCAUUUGACAUUGUAACUCGUAACAAACUUUGUGAUACGCAGCUGUAAGCCAUUAGAAAGUUCUACGUUGCUAAUGGAACGGGGUGGCAUGAUCCUCAGCAUAGCUCUGCUUCUAGACUGUAAAACCUGUUUGUCAGUGGCUGUCAAGGCCUAAGGGAGUGUUACCUUGUUUUCUGUUGUGUUCCACUGACGUGUCUCCACCCAUGCAAGCAAUGAUGACUGAAUUAAGAUAAAGCAACUUCUAUGCUGUUGCAUCUUUAAUGGAUUCUGUGUUCACCACCUACUUUGCUGUACAGCUCUUCCUCUGUGAAAGGAAAACAAACUCAUAUUAACCAAGAUUUAUUUGCCAAUAUGUCUUUCCUAUGGUAAAGAACUCCAUCCUCCCAUGUAUGCAAAUUUCUAUUUUAAUAUGCUGGUUUUUGUUGUCUUAGAAUAUUGCACUCUUAACUGUAACAAACUGUAGUGGUGAAUGCAAAGCAGUUUCCAUGUAAGGCAAGAUACUAUAUUUGUUACAUGACUUCUGUAAGGCCAUAUCAUACUGUUUGUCACACGUUACAUUAUGUCUAAGUAGGCCGACUCACUUGUUAGCUAUACAAUGUGCAGUAUUCAACCCUCACACUAUACUACAACUGUGUGCCGCUCAGUUAUAAAGUUUAAGACUGUACUGCCCCAUUCUGUUGUAAAAUAAAUGGAAUAAAAAAUCUUAGCUAGAUUGUAA